AUGAGAGGGAUUGUGAUGAUAAUGUUAGUGGUGAGUCUAUGUGGCGCUGUCCCAAGUGUUUCAAGUAAAAGUCCAAGUACUUCAAAAGAUGGAGACGAAGAAGUGAAAAUCAAAUUUGACGAACAAACCGUGAAGGAUAUCGACAACACAAAAUUGAUGUACAAAAGCAUGAAACUCAACAAGAAGGAUUUAAAGAAGGAUAUCCCAUUCUUUGAGAAGGUUAGAGAGAACGCAAAGAGACUGAGAAAAGUCGUGAAAGGAAGAAGAGAACUCGAUAAAAUCAUUAAUAAAAAACUCAUUAAGGGGAUUGUCAACUACUCAAAGAAAGCUCCAUUCCAAACUACCCCAACAGUCAGCUCAUACAAAAAACUCGUCAAAGCAAAAACGUCCGAUAUACUCCGAAAGUGA